AGCAGCCUACAUGAACAGAACAUGGAAUGGAUUAAUGAUGAUUAUAUGGAUGUUCAACAGCAGGCGUCAAAUGUUCAGAUUAUCCAGCAACCCAUUUCUCAGCCCACCACCAUCCUCCAGCACCUGCCCUUCUCCAUGGCCCCUCCUCCACCUGCGCUGCGGCCUGGCCAUGUCAGAGAAGAUCUGGUUGAGUUGAUGAUGAUUCAGAAUGCCCAGAUGCAUCAGGUCAUCAUGAACAAUAUGACCAUGUCAGCGCUCAGCAGCUUUGGCUACUCAAACAGUCCAUCACCAGAGACAGUACAAUAUCCACGGCCUGUGGAGGAAGAAGACCCAGAGGUGUACCACCACCACUACCCCCCUUCUCCCUACCACACUUACCCAGCCUGGAUGCCUUUUUCUCAGCCAUACAUCCAGCCCCUGGCCUCUGUCCUUCCAGCUAACUAUGAGUCCCAGGAGAGCAGGGAGCAGAUACAGCCUCCAUCUGAACCCAGAGACAGGAGAGCUGUUCCUCCCCCUCCUCCCCCCAGUGCAACAGGGACUGUUGGAGCAGACAUCCCACCUGCAACAGAGUAUUAUGAUGCCACUGAGAGGAGACAGUGACAGGCGGGACUGUUGACACGACCGAGACGCAGCACUCUUAGCUGCAGGAGCAGUGGGAAUGUACGACACCCCAGCAGUCAUUAUCUCACUGGCCCGUGCAGUCCUCUACAUGUGCCAGUGUACAUCAGCCAGACACGAAGAAAAAAAACAUGCUUUAUGUACAUUGCUGUAACAUCACUAUUCAUUUCAACAGCUUAUGUGUUCUGAAAAAGAAUUAUAUCACACAAAACUAACAUCCAGUAUGAAAGGACUACCCAUGUGAAAACAAUGACAGAUCAUAUGCUUUGCCUUUAAUAUUUUUAUGUCAUGUCCUCCCCUGUAAACACUAUUUUUCAUAUCCACAGAUGUAUAGCAGACAUAUCUCUAACUACUCCCACUGAGCAGGACCACUAGGACCCUUGAAGGACUGACAAAAAAAAAACAUCAUCUAUCUGUAUAUUUUUCACUAUUGGAUUAUCUGAAACAAAUGUAUUUCAGAUGUGCUUUGUCCAGUGAUUGUCCAGGAGAGGUCAGUGUGACAUUCCCUGUCCCUUCCAUCUGUCUAAUUGUGUUGGCAAAAGAUCCAGUGGCAACAAGGAAGGAUCUAGAAAACGUUUUGAGAGAAUUGUGUGUGUGUGUGUGUGUGUGUGUAUGGGUUUGGUGUGCUUGCGUGAUGAAAAGGUAUGGUGCAGGUCAACGUGUCUCAGCAUAUGUGUGUGUGUGCAUAACUCUGAAUUUGAGUCCAUUUAUUUAUGCUUUGUCUAUCCUGUGUAUGUGUGUGUGUGUGUGACAUUCCUGUUGCCAUGACCUGAAUAACUCUGGAGUAUCUUAUGCUGCUUGCUUAUGUAAUGUGCUAUGAGAGGUUAGGUGGCACAAUGCAAGAAUGAUGUGAGACACACACACACACACACACACACACACACACACACACACACACACACACACACUAUACACCAGGGCAGAGAAAAUAAGAUAACAAGCAGACAAUCUUUAAUAAUACAAUUGUAUACACAUUGAUGGCAAUAUACUUAAUAAACAAUAUUUUAUCAAUAAGUUUAAUGGAAAAAUUAUGAAUUGUUUUUACAUAAUGAAAAAAAAAAAAAAAGAGUCUCCUUUGAAUACAACUUAAGGGCAUAUCUGCUCACAAUAGGAAUAAAAUACUACAUUAAUGAGUUUAAAAGAA